CAGCUACAGUUACUUCCUGACCAAUAUGACUGUACGGAAACUUUGCUUUGUCCUGCUUCUGCCUAUGCUUGUGUGUUGCAGCCAUGAAGAGAUGCUCGUGAAGAAGGCUGGAAAGGAACCAGAUGUUACUCCAAUAUGCAGCAAUGAAACGCUGAACGUUAUCAUGCUGAUAGUGUGUAAGAUCAGCACACAGAGGAGCAGAGGAGAAGAGUGCAGCCUGCUGUAUCGACAUGGACAAAAAUUUGUGCAUGAAUGUGGCUCCAGGUUCACACUGAUGACAGAAAACGGGACUGUGUUUCUCCACCUGACAAAUUUAACACCAGAAGAUAGCGGGAACUACACCUGUGAGUGUGUACAGACUGGAGGAACAUAUAAGCUCCAUCUCAAUGUCACUGUGGAAGUGCCAAUCUCAGAGGAGGAAGAGAACAUCAAUUCAACAGACACAUCUAUUUCACUUUAUUUGAUCACUGCAGCAGGAGUCGUCAUUGUAACUGGAGUUAACCUCGCAUUUAUCUACUGGUUGAGAAGUCAUGGUUGCCGUUCACGGUCAGAAACAAUUGAAAUAUCUGUACGUAAAACUUCAUCUUCUGUGUAUGACAAUGACCUGGGGGACCAGUACAGAGGCCUUCGGCAGCCAGGAAAUGAUCUCUAUCAAAAUAUCACCUCAGUUCGCUAUCAGCGUAACAUCAGGACACAUGCAGCAAGACGUGCUGAAAAUGUCUGCAAGGAUAAUCUGGAAAUGGAUCAGGUGUCUAAUGACUAUGAAAACAUUUGAACUAGAACUCAAGUUAACUUCUAGUUUCUUUCAGUCAUCCAGUUGAAGUUCACAGCAGUGCUCGAGCCUGUCCCAGCUGUGCAAAGCCAAAAGCCAAGGUACAUCUUGGAUACACUCUGUCACAGCGCGAGAAGACAAGAGACAAACCUUCAUGCUCACACCCAUGGCCAAUUUAGAAGUGCACUUAACCUAAACCAGGCAUGUCUUUGGCCCGUGGGACAAAACUGGAGUACCUGUCAAGAAUCAACAGAGGCAAUACUAACAAGUUUGUGUCCAGCUUGGGACUUAUGUGCCAACAAAUAGCGCCAACAGAGAAGUGUUUUCAGUGAUUGCAGAUGUUCUCCUGUGCAGUUUUCCAAAAUCCCAGCUGCACAGUGCAUGAUGUGGAUGAAGCUGUCGGAUGCUGAUCGGUUGACCAGCAACAGCAAAACGGGUGAAAAAAACAUCACAGAUCAAAAAAGAUGCAUGAGAGUCACAGACAGCAGCUGCAGUGGACAUUUUUCAUUGUUUUUAAACCUCAGUUUCACUUCAGUGCUUUGUAUGUUAUAACUUCACUCUCCUCCACGGCUGGCUGAUGGAACAACAACAGUAGCCAACAGACCGUUUGUGCCGUAUAUUUAUAACACUGCCCCCAUCUGACAACAGGCGCUCUCUGCAGGUGGACGGGUGGUUUGAAGCUGACCACAGACUGCCCAGAGACUGCCA